GGAGCGCGGUAGAAUCCCGCCUUUGCUUUCGUUCGCUGAGGCAAAUAUCAGUCGGAGUUUUGUGGCGCCCGCGGCGCCACCUAUCUUCGGCAGCUAACAGUGAUUUGAAGGAGGUGGCGGGAAGCCGCUGUUUGGUGGAAUUCAUCGCUGCAUGAUCGCUUUGAUUUUUCAUGACCUUCUAGUAAAGAAGCCAAGAUGUCUGUCGAUCCAAUGACAUAUGAGGCCCAGUUCUUUGGCUUCACACCACAAACUUGCAUGCUUAGGAUCUACAUUGCAUUUCAAGACUACCUAUUUGAAGUGAUGCAGGCUGUUGAACAGGUUAUUCUGAAGAAGCUGGAUGGCAUCUCAGACUCUGACAUUACCCCAGUCCAGAUUCGUAAAUGCACAGAGAAAUUUCUCAGCUUCAUGAAGGGACGUUUUGAUAACCUCUUUGGCAGAAUGGAGCAGCUGUUUUUGCAACUGAUCUUGCGUAUUCCUCCAAACAUUUUGCUUCCUGAAGAUAAAUCCCAGGAGAUGCAUUCUUACAGUGAGGAAGAAUUUCAGCUUCUUCAAAAAGAAAUCGAAGAGUUACAGAAAAAAUACAAGACUGAAUUAUGUGCUAAGCAGGCCCUUCUUGCAGAAUUAGAAGAGCAAAAAAUUGUUCAGGCCAAACUCAAACAGACAUUGACUUUGUUUGAUGAGCUUACAAAUGUUGGCAGAGAUCAUGGGAUUAGUGAUUUUAGGGAGAGUUUGGUAUCCCUGGUCCAGAACUCCAGGAAACUGCAAAACAUUAGAGUUGUUAUAGAAAAGGAAGGUGAGAGACUGAAAACAUCCUAAUUUCUAAUGGUAAAAGAGAACCUGUCAGAAAGUAGAAUGGUGAGGGGCUUACACCAAUGAACAUCCUUAUCCUAGUGAACCAUAUAUUUUAUCAGAUUUUCUUUGUUCUGUCUUGCCUGUGUUCUACAUCUUCCUGUUUCUUGGUCCACUGUCCUGAAGCAUCUAUGUGCUACCCUAAACUAGUCCUUGAAGAAUCUAUUCCUUAGAGCCUUUAAUAGGUGGGAAGAGAUUCUUGAUUUGAUAAUGGCUCAUUUGGGAGUGUGAUUAAAGAAAUUAUUCCGUGGCCAGCCUGAGAUAAUUUGUAGAAUAGUGCCUUGAUCAUGAGUCCUUUGUGACCUUGAUCUUUCUGGCUUAUUGUUUGAAUGAGACCGAAUGAGAAAAUGGUCUAGUGGGUGACUCCUUUAUUAGCCAGCCAUUACACUGUGGGACAGCCAAUAUAGUUAGAGUGCUCGCUCUUGUCCAGUAACUUUUCUUCCAUGAGGAAGUUGUUACCUGUUGAAAAAAGCAAGUAGCAGAAGAGGCAACGUUGAUCUUUGGUAAAGAAGAAAGAAGUUUUUGUUUCCAAAAUGGGCCUUGGUGAGGUUAAGCAGUUUGCUAUCUUGGACCCCAGGCAUAAACUUUAGACAAUAAAGAAGCAGAUCCCACUGGAGGAGAAGAAGAAAAGCAUGGAAUAUACCUAAUAGCACAGUUUAUACGACUGUUAGGUGUUUAUACCAAUUUUUUUUUUAAUUCAGUUCAUUUUAGAAUUGCCUUGUAGCUAACAUUUGACUAACUUAUUUAUUCAAAUUCUAAUCUUAUUCACACUCUUAUUCCCUGUCAGUGGGAAGUUUUAGCUGAGUCUUGUGCUUAAAUUUCAUUUUGUGAUUAUAAUCCAUGUAAAAUGUUAGAUCACCCCAAAAAGGGGGGAGGGGUGGAAGUGGCAAUAGUUGCUCUUAAGCUAUUGCUUGCCCUUCAUGUCUCCCUUAAGGAACAGGAUUUGGAAUUUCUCCGUAUGUAGAGAAAGGGGUAACUCAGGGUAUUCAUGUUUGUAAGUAAAUACACUUAGAAAGCCUGUGUUUACCUGGAUAUGUAUGUUAUCAAGCAGUGUUUUUCCCAAUCCUGUCCAUUAAAUACAUGUAUCUGAAAAGCUGUGGUUUUUGCUUUUCUUCCAUCUGUAAUGUCAUGGUACAUUUCUUUCCUUGGUGUGACUUUUUACCCAAAUUAAAUUUUUCUAUUGUUUUUACACUUGUAGCUUAUUCAAAAUCUCCUAGCGUAGUGAAUUGAAUGAUGUUGUUCUUGGGUGCCAUGGAGUCACUUCUGACUCAUAGCGACCCAGUGUGACAGGGUACAACUGUCCAAUAGGGUUUUCUUGGCUGUAAUCUUUAUGGAAGCAGAUUGCCAGGUCUUUCUUCCAGCCUUUUGGUUAGCAGCCAAGCACUUAGCCAUUGCACCACCAGGGCUUAUCGGUUGACUGGUGGUUCCCAAAAAGAUACGUCCAUGCCCUAUUUCUCAGAACCUUUUAAUGUUACCAUAUUUGGAAAAAGAGUCUGCAGAUGUAAGUUAAGGACCUUGAGAUAAGGAGAUCAUCCUGGAUAUCUGGGUGGGCCCUAAAUCCAAAGACAAGUGUCUUUGUAAGAGAGAUUUGAGAGAGAAGAGGCAGAGGCAUGUGACCAUGGAGGCAGAGGUGGGAGUGAUACAGCCACAAGGCCAAAGAAUGCGAACCACCACCAGAAGCUGAAGAGACAGAAUGGAUUCCUCCCUAGGGCUUCCAGAGGGAGUGUAGCCGUGCCAACACCUUGAUUUCAGACGUUGGCCUCCAGAACGGUCAGAGCAUACAUUUAUGCUGUUUUAAGCCACCUUGUUUGUGGUAGCAAUAAGAAACUAAUAUACCUAGUGACAUCAGCAUAUUAAAUAUCCUUAAGCAUGUAGGCUGUUUAUUGAGGAAACAGUUGGGGCCUGGCUGGCCUUAUUAUACAUGCAGUAAUACUUUUGUCCAAAUACAGUUAAAAUAUGAACAUGAACCUGGGUAAAACAAAAACCCAUUGCAACCAAAUCAAUCCCGACUCUUAGCACAACACUAUUGGACAGAGCAGAGGUGCCCCAUAGGGUUUCCAAGGCUGUAAUCUUUACUGAAGCAGACUGCCACAUCCUUCUCCCCCAGAGCAAGUGGUGGGUUCAAACUACUGACUUUUCAGUUAGCAGAUGAGCACUUAACUACUGUGUCACCACGGCUCCUUUGCCUCUGGAUAGGAAAUCCACAGUGUUUAGAACUCAGAGAUCCUUCCAUAUAAGUGUUCAAAAUAACUGUUGGAUGUUAAUAUUACUGUUUGUCAUGGUGGUGUCUGCAGCAACAAAUUAAUCUACUUAGCUCCAUUGCCCUCUAAUAAAUUCGCAACUAAAAAAUUCAGAAAUAAAGAUAAUAACUGGUUAUGUACUCUGCUUCCUUGCCCCAUCUCCCAUCCAGCAUCUAUAUCGCCCAAUUUCUUACUCCUAACUUCUCUACAUUUGAUUCUAUUAUUUUGUAAUACCAACCUUCAUCUUCCCCAGAUGUCUGCCCCUAAACCUGCCCCAGUAUUUAUCUAUUUCCUUUUGCCCUGUGCCUCUUCUCCACUCUACCCUCAGACUAUUUUCCUGUUAUCCUGCCGCUGCAGUGACAGCCAAUCGGGGAGGCGGUUUGGUAUGGUCUUAAUAAAGAUGAGGCAUUACCAACCUUAGAAAAAUAAGAAUUAGAAGGAAAUGUGAUGAACAAAUGUAUACCCACAAAUUAGAUAACUUACAUGAGAUGGACAAAUUCCUAGAAAAAUACAAAUUACUGUAACUGACUCAAGAAAAAAUUGAAAAGGGCUAUAACAAAUAAGGAAACCCUGGUGGCGUAGUGGUUAUACCCUGGUGGCGUAGUGGUUAAUAAGAGUUAUGGCUGCUAACCAAAAGGUCAGCAGUUUGAAUCCACUAGCCGCUCCUUGGAAACCCUAUGGGGCAGUUCCCACUCUGUCCCGUAGGAUCCCUAUGAGUCAGAAUCGACUCGACGGUAGUGGGUUUUUGGUAUAACAAAUAAGGAGCCUUGGUGGUGCAGUGGUUAAGAGCUCAGCUGCUAAUCAAAAUGUCAGCAGUUCGAAUCUACCAGCUGCUCCUUGGAAACCCCAUGGGGCAGUUCUACUCUGUCCUACAGGGUCGUCAUGAGUCAGAAUUGACUCAACAGCAACAGGUUUGGUUUUGGGUUAUAACAAGUAAGGGAGCCCUGGUGGUGCAGUGGGUAAGUGCUCAGCUGCUAACUGAAAGGUCGGCAGUUUGAGCCUACCAGCCACUCCACAGGAGAAAGAUGCGGCAGUCUGCUUCCGUAAAGAUUUAUAGCCUUAGAAAUCUAUGGGGCAGCUCUACUCUGUUUUAUGGGGUCGCUAUGAGUUGGAAUCAACUCGGCAAUGGGUUUUUGGGUUUUAGAACAAAGAGAUUGAAUUAGUAAUUUAAAAACAAAAAACUUCCACAAAGAAAAGCCUAGAACCAAAUGGCAUCACUGUCGAAGCCUACCUAGCAUUUAAAAAAGAAUUAAUAAUGCCAGUUCUUCACAAACACUUCCAGCCAUUAGUUGAAAAGAUUAUUCAUUCCACAUUGUAUUGUCCUGGUACCCUUGUUGCACAUUUACUGUGAAUAUGAGAGUUUAUUUCUGAACUCUGAAUUCCAUUGAUUUAUGUGUCAGUCCUUAUGUCAGUACUACACUGUCUUGAUUACUGUAGCUUUGUUGUAAGUUUUGAAACUGGGUAGAGGAGGGAACACUUACCAACUUGUUCUGUGAGACCAGUGUUACACUGAUACCAGAACCAAACAAAGACAUCACAGGAGAAGAGAACUACAGACCAAUAUCUCCUAUGCAUAUAGGUGCAAAUCGAAUCUAGCAAUAUAUAGAAAGGAUUAUACACCAGGAAUGCAAGGUUUAACCUCUGAAAAUCAAUGUAACAUACCAUAUCAAUAGAAUAAAGGAAAAAACCCCACAGGAUGAUCUUGAUAGAUGCAGAAAAAGCAUUUGACAAAAUCCAACACCUCUUCCUGAUAAAGACAUUUAAUAAACUAGUAAUAGAAGGGAACUUCCUCAAUCUGAUAAAGGUAUCUGCAAAAAAACCACAGCUGUCAUACAUGGUGAAAGACUGGCUUUUCUCCCCUUGCCAAGAUCAGGAAUAAGACAAGGAUGUCUGAUCUUGUCACUUCUGUUCAACAUUUUCCUGGAGGAUCUAACCUGGGCAGUUUGGAAAGAAAAUGAAAUAAAAGGCCUCCAGAUUGGUUAAGAUUCA